AUGCCUGCCUCAUCCUCUGGUACCGUGGAGAAGAGCAGGCUGCCGUUGCCGGUCGAAUCUGCACCACUAAACAAGGAGGCACCAAAGCGGCCGGCAUCAUGCAAAAGCAACGCCACGUCGUGGAUGCACCCGCUGGCGUCCAUGGAGGUCCCUGGCUCGGACUCUCCACCCAACCCUCUCUUUCCUAGAUGUGAAUUUCAGCUGGGUAGCGGUGACGAUAUCAUGAGCGCUGUCGGCGGCGCCGGAUCCUCGAUUCUGUUCUCCACAACCGAGACCUCGUCCAUACAAGUACCUGAAAUCAGUGGUGGUAAGUCGCUCGACGCCAGCUCCAGCAUUACCUCCAGCGACAAGCGAGAAACCCGCAGCAGCUGCCGCUACGCGCGGCUGAAGGGGCUGCUGACCCGCAGAGGAGGCAGCAGGAAGUCCCGCAAAAACGUCGCCGUCGGAGGCACGACUCAUUCGCAGACAAAAUGCUCGGGAGGCGCACCACAGGGCACCGCAAUCGCUGUCCUCAGCGGCGCAGCAGUACGCAAUCCUCUUCAACGUACCUACAACAGCGGUGGUGAGGAGGUCCUUAGCGAGCAGCUGCCCCUGGACGGCGGUGUCUACGACUGGCCCCCCCCUCCGUCACCGUUGGCCGCUUCCGUGUCAAACAGGCGCGGGAGUAGCAGUCCAAGCGGUGUUGUCUGUGUUGCGCCACGGUCGACUGUCGCGAACAGUACCCUUCAAAGUCGCAGUCGGCGAGAGCUUUGUGUCUCGCCGCUGGUAUCGCAGUCGUCCCGCGCCUCAUCGCGCUCGGCGGUGCGGCGCGGCGGUGGCAGCGCUACCAGCGUUGCCGGUCUUGACUCGAGCGAGGCGCAGUUCAUCCCUCUCGGGUCGACGGCUUUAGCGAAUCAAAACGGUAGCCCAAGCCGGCUGCAGCGAUCAUACGGCAGCGGUGUCGAUGACGAUAAGAUGGCUGCCUUGACCACAUUGCGUAAUCGGUCUCACCGACCGAAGGCGAUCAGCGGCAGCUCUCUCUCCAUGUCGGCAAGUCAGAGCCUCAGUCAGACAGGGAGCACGCGCACUCCCCAUGGACAGGCGCUGCGAAACGCGGGUGACCCUGAGGUCUCGGUGCAGUCCUCACUCAACGCGCGAAGUGUGCGAGACGCCAAGGUAGCACUACUGCGGGCGUCGCAUCACGGCAAUAUCCAUUCCCUGCGCAGCUCUCGUACCCACAGCUUUCAACGCAGCCACAGCAACACCAGCAUCGGCGGUGACCCCAUGUCACAGCGUGCCAGUAAGGUGCGCCCCAGCAGCCGAGAAAAGAGACCCACGAACGUCACCGCGGGGGCCCUUGCUGAUGACGGACGUAUCGGGUCACAUCACUCUAUUGGAGUGAUUGUCGACGACGCGAUGCGCACGAGUGUGCCACCAGUCGGUGAGGGCUCUCCACUAACAAGCUAUCACAUGGCCUUCCCCGCUGCCACGGCAGUGCGCGAUGCGAGUAGCGGCAAGUCAGAGCAAAAUAUCAGCGUUAGUGGGGUGCAGCGUCGAUUUAGCCGCCCCGAGGACAAUCCGCUACUCGAGAUGAUGGAGACGUCAAGUUGUGCCUCACAGGGCUGGUACGAGGUUUGCAGCGGUGCACUCUGGUUGCCCUCAGCAACGGAUCAGGCAACACGUGGUCGCAUGGCGGUCACUGGGGGCUCGUCGAGCAGGUCGAUGGACCAGCGCACCAUUGGUGUGGGCUGUGGCGAGAGUCCCUUCCGGCGAUCCUCUAGCACCCGCCGUGGCACCUUCUACCCGCCUCGCAUGCCAAACGGCAUCUACUCAUUCAGCCGAACCGGCGGCUGCGACAGCAGCGGUGACAGCGAGGAGGAAAUCCGACUGCGCGAACGCCACCGCAGUCGGUUUGAAGAGGUGCUGCGCCAGCUGAACGCACCAAUGAAGUCGAUAACCGUCGAUGAUAGAGUGGCGGCGGCGAGUCUGCGCAACAACUCCUCCUACCCCUCUGCGAGGGAGGCGUCCGUCCGCGGCGACGUAUCACAGAUGGAGAACAACUCAACGGCGUGGGGCGGCAUCGGCGGCCUCGACUGGGGUGGUGGGCUCGUGGCGUUUGGCGCUGCUGCCACUGGUGGCGGGAAUGCCAACAUGAGCACCACCGUGAACGCCAACGGUGGUGGAUGGCUCGGUGUAGGCGGUACGGCCAGCAGUGAGGACUGGUACACACGUAUGCGUAAAAAAGUGGAGGAGGAGGAAAAGGCCGAGGCGGCGACUGCCGCGAGCGCGGCCCCAACCACAGCCACCAGUGAGAUGAACCUCACUUCCACAAUUCCUUCCAGUGCAUCAGCGCCUAUGCACAUUCCCGCGGUGGCCAGCACGAGCCAUCGAAAAGCAUCAGCGCCGCUAGAGACGCGCAUGCCCGCUAUUGACCGCACCACGCCGAGGAAGGGGCCCCUGCCCUCUCUCCUCUCCGCCAAAGGUCCCAGUAUGUCCUCCGCAACGUUUCUAACUGCCCGCUUACCGUCCGUCAAGCCGCAAGCGUCGCCGCCACGGUUUCCCGAACCAUCCAAACCACUGACGAAUCCUGUCGUGCCCUCGGCCGGUGAGCGCUUUGUUCGGCGUCUGCCACUCGGUGUCCCCACCGGGUUGCAACUGAGCCACACAUGCGCUGCGCUAGGCAGCAUCGAUGACGCGGCAGUUGCCAUACCCACUCGCCCACCCGAGGCAAAUGCCAUGGAAGAGGACGACGCCAUCGCGAGCUCGUCUUCUCCACCUCCGCGGCUUCGCGCGAACUCUGCGACAGUGCCUGUCAGUCGGGUCCAGUGCGUAGACACGCCCGGAGCAGCGCCGCUGCUCGAGUUAGAGGCCAUGGAGCCCUGCCGGCCCCUCAGCACCGUAGGCACAAGUGAUGGCAGCGUCAGCGGAGUCGGUGUUAAAAGGACUGGCUGA